AUGAGCUCAGACAGCUCGGAAUCUGAGUUUGAAGAAAGGAACCAUGCAAAUAAUUCAGACAGUGAUUUUGAAAAUCAACGUGAAGAGGUUGAAGGUGCCGUAAAAGGCCCGCACACUCCAAAAAGUUGUUCACCCAAAUCACAAGAUAGCAUUAGUCAAUCUCAUGAAUUAGAAUUUCACGAUGAUUCAAGAGAAAUGACAUCUCUUAGAAGUGAUUCUGCUGGGCCAAAUUCUUGCCAACCCUUGGGUCCGAGAUCUCCCAGCCCAACUCCUUUAGACAAUGCAGGUAGACCAAAAAGAAAUGAUGAUGGAAGGAGUGAUAUUUCAUCCGGUUCUUCUCUUCUUUCACAUCCUGACAACAAAGAUGAAGACGUUUUAAAUUUAGAAGCUGGAGAUGGAAGCCCUCUUGUGUCUAAUGCUGAUGACUUGUCAGAUGUGUCAGAUUUAGAUGAUUCUGAUGGUCUCGACGGUAAAGAUGAAGAACAAAACACAGCCGACAACGUAUUGCAAAAUGAAGAAAAAAUAUUACCCGAAGAUCAAGAAACCGUAUCGGAAAAAAAUUUUAUGAAAGAAAAUACAGAAAAAGAAGCUCGAGAGAAAGCUAAAAAAGAAAGACAAGAAAGAGAAAAUAAAGCAAGUUUAAAUAUAGAUGAUGGAGAACAAUUAGAUUUUGAAGCAGAAGAUCAACCAGAGGGAGAAAAAGAAGAUGGUGAAAUAGAAUUACCUGAAAAGAGCAAAGACAAAGAGGGUAAAGAAGAUGAAAAAUCUGCUGACGAAGGUGAGGUUAAAGAAGAUGACGAAUCUUUAGAAGACGGAGAAGUAACCGAUGAGGGGGACCCAAAACCUGAAAAACCGCCGGUAUGUCGUUUUUAUAAUCGGAAUUGCUGUACUUGGGGAAUAAAUUGCAGAUUUCUUCAUCCGGGAGUCACUGAUAAAGGCAAUUACACUAUGUUUGAUGUUGGAAGACCCAUGGUGGCUCCUCCGAAUGGUCCUGCAAUAUAUGGUUCCGACAGACCCGGUUACGGACAUCCUGUCAUUUUACCACCUUCAAGGGUUAUGCCUGGUCCUUACGGUCAUGUACCUGUAAGAAGGGAAGAAAAUGCAUUAGUUGAAUCUGCAUGGGAACGAGGUUUACGUCAAGCCAAAGAGAUGAUGAGAAAAUCUACAAAGAGAAAAGAAACUGAUAUGGAUUUUGAAGAAAAAAAAAUGAAUCUUAGUAUUGGACAAGAAGAAAUAGACAAAGAAAAUGAUUAUUAUACUAGAGCUUCUAGUCCUAUAGACGAUCCCGAAGCUUGGGUUAGACUAUCCGCCAAAAUGGAACCGGAAUUAAGACGGCCGGUUCGAGUAGUAGAAAGAUACGAAGAUAUUAUACCGGAACCUGAGUCUCCUGCUUACUACGAGAAAUGUGAUUAUCGUCGCGGUUACGAAAGGGCAAGGGGAGAUCCUGAAUAUUUGAGAAGGUUGGUUAAUAUAAUAAAAGAAUUCAGUAACACAGAAAAGAAAAAAUAUUACGAGGAAGAGGAAUAUCCGGUAAUGAAAAAAUCCAGGAGAGAGAAAAUGGUUAGAGAAGUUAUUGUACAGCGAGUAGACAAGACUAGAGAAAGACACCACGCUGACGAUGGUUCCAGGCGGAGAGGUGACGAGUGGUCAGAUCCUUGGAUGCGUUCUAAAUCCCCUUCGCGGAAACGUCAUCGAGCCAGAAAGGCUUCUUAUAGCUCCGGAUCUAGUUCUUUUUCAUCUAGUUCUCGAAGUUCCUCCAAUUCAUCUUACACUUCUUAUUCUAGAUCUAGAUCCCGUUCCUUGUCUAACUCCCAUAGUCCUGUAUCCCGAUCUCGCAGACCUAGAACUCCUUCCUUCUCGGCCAAAGUUAAAGGAAAGAAGUUGUCACCCACGAAGGAUUCCAAGUUCAGGCCAUUAAAAGCUGCUACUCCUGUUAGCGGCCACUCGGAAAAAAAAAUGACCGUUGAACGUUCUCUAUUAAUGAAUCCGCCGGCACCAACACCGAAAAGAUCAAAAGAAAGACCCAUGUCUCCUACGGUAAUGAGAAAAGUCGGUUUAAAUCCACCUCCCCCAACGCCUAAAUCUUCGUCCAGAAACAUGUUAAAACACAAUAGUACUAAAGUCGGUAAAAUAAGAUCUAAAAAAUCAAGAUCUUCAUCGGGAUCGGGAUCGAGUGGAUCUAGUAGCGAAUCUUCACAUUCGAGUUAUUCUUCAAGUUCGAGCACGAGUCGAGGAGGAACUCCUCCAGGUAGUAUGAGGCCGAAUAAACCGGUAAAAAAAAUAGAACCGAACGAGCGAUUGGCCGCUCAAACGCUUAAAGGAAAAGCAAUGGAUGCUUUAAAAAUAUCUGGUCAAAAACCGCAAAUCAAAUUAACACUAAAACCACCGGAAACGAAAAGAGAAAAACCUGCUCUCGCGAUUGUUGCCGGAAAGAAAAGGCCAUCGGAUGAUGCGACGCCAGCAGUCGAUGCCAAAGUUACAACGACGAUUAAACCUCAGACGGCUAAAAAGACGACAUCGAGACGAGAAGAACUUUUGAAGCAGUUGAAAGCAGUAGAAGACGCCAUUGCGAGGAAAAGAUCAAAAAUUUAA